CAUGUCUUUUGCCCAUCUCUUCACUGGAUUAUUUGUUUUUCGGGGAAUUGUCCUUCUUCUUAAAGCAGAUCUCAGGGUAGAGGGUGAGGGGAAGGACUGGGGGUGCAGAGCAGGAGAGGGGCUCUCUGCCAGGAAGCAAGGCACACUUUUAGUUCCAAGUGGCCUGGUGGCUGUUCAUCGUCCAACUUAAUGAACAUUUCAGUCACCCAGAGCUCUAGAUCCUCAUUGUGGACAUCAUUUGUUUAGGCUCUGGGGACUCCUUUGCUGUUCCAACAGCUACAGCCACAUUGCCUCUCAUCUGAGAGGUGGCGUGCAGCAUUGCCAAGGACGGUGAGCCACAGCCAAAGCACCACUGGACAGCUUGUGUCAGUCCUACCCUUUGCUGCUCAUCCUCUAAAGAAAGCCAUGUCUUUGCUAGCGUCCAUCGUCAGCAGCAACUGCCAAGAACUGUGAAGAACCUGAAAUUUUAUCCUAGUUGAAAGCCGACAGUCAGCCCGGUUUGCUGGACGCCGGCAGAAGACAUGGUAAUCUGGGGAGCCUGUGCCAACCGGUUUAUAGUGCUUCAGCUCGGAAUUUUGCCACGAGGAGGGGAGCCGGCUUGGAAGGAGAACAGCUGGCCUUCAGGGAAGCUGGCAUGCAGCUUGGCUUGGCUUUCCCUGACCAUUCCCUGCUGCAUUUCCACCUUUGCUGGUUGUGCUUCUGGAGCCUGGGUCGGAAAAAACAGCUCCGACCUAUCCUAUAUUCCUUUGAGGACCAGCCUGCCACCACCAUUCAGAAAUUAUAAAUACGAUAAACUAAAGAUUGUCCAUCAAGCACAUAAAUCAAAGACGAAUGAGCUUGUGUUGAGUUUGGAAGAUGACGACAGACUCAUGCUGAAGGAAGACAGCACGCUGCGAGCCGCUGGAAUCGCUCAUGAAACUGAAAUUGCAUUCUUCUGUGAAGAAGAUUAUAAGAACUACAAAGCUAAUCCCAUUUCAUCCUGGUGAAAACCCUUUGGGGGCUCCCUUUUUGCAUACCUGUCUUAAGCUCUUUAUCCCACUAGUGAGUUUUUUUUUUUUUGAAAUUGAUAAAUAAACCUAAAAAAUUAA